AUGGUUUUUUCAUUCGGCGUUCCCGAGAAAGUUACUUUUGACAAGGCGCGUUGUGGCGACCUGCUGCAGACGGAUGCCUACAUCAAUGGAAAAUUUGUAAAGACCGGCGCAACAUUUUCCGUCACAAACCCGGCUAAUGGGGAAAAACUUACGGAAGUAGCAAGUUGUGACGCGAAUCAUACUGCAGCUGCGAUUGAUGCUGCUGAAGCAGCCUUCAAGACGUGGAGAAAAAUGACACCGAAAGCCCGUGGAGCACUGGUUGCAAAAUGGGGGGAGUUGAUCACGUCAAAUGCUGAUAAAAUUGGGGCAAUUAUAACUUUCGAAAAUGGCAAGCCGCUUGGAGAGGGGAAAGGCGAAGCAAAUUACUCAGCGUCUUUCUGCGAGUGGGCUGCUGCUGAAGGACGUCGCGUGCAUGGCGAAACAAUGUCAAGAAAGCGGUCUCUUCUGCCUCAAGUGUCUUAUUUAUUCAUCCACUUGACGAGACAUUCUGAUUUACCGGCCUUCAAGACCAAAGAGACUUGA